AUGGGUGAGGAAGAAGAAGAGUGUGAUGGUCAUGAUGAACAUGAAGAUGUUCAAAUGGGUCAGGAAGAACAAGAGUUUGUUGGUGGUGAUGAAUAUGAUUAUCUUGGGGAAGAAGAGGAAGGGGGGAAUGUUGUCGAGGGGGAAGUAGAAGCUUCAGCUGAAGAAUGUAUGGAUGACAGUGAAGAAGACAGAAUGGCUAAUGAAGAUGAUGGGUUUGAUGUUCAGAAUGAUAGGGUGGACCAAUUUCGGAGAAACAUUAAUCCAGUUUUGGAUAGGUGGAAUAGAAUGAAAAAGAAGAAGAAAUGUGUGCGUAGAAGAGGCAAUGUUGGGGAAGGUUCAUUUUUACUGAAUGAAGAAGUUGGAGAUCAUGAGAUCAAUGAAGAAUACAACAGUGAUGAAUUGGAUUCAAAUGUAGAUAGUGAUGAGGAUGUGAGGUUAUCAAAGGGGAAAUUUAAAAAGUUUAGAAAAGAUGAUAUGAACAAGAACUUCAGAUUUGAAUUGGGGAUGGAGUUCUGUUCUUUAAAGGAAUUCAAAAAUGCACUAUUGGAGCAUAGUGUAUUAAAUGGAAAAGAGGUUAAGUUUGUGAAGAAUGACCUGAACAGAGUAAGGGCAGUUUGUAAAAACAAAUGUGGUUUUCUGAUUAUGGCUAGCAAGGUAGGAGGGAAGCAAACAUUUAGGGUGAAAACCUUGGUUGGACGACACAGUUGUGGAAGGACCUUUGGAAACAAAAGUGCAAAUGUGAACUGGAUUGCACAAGUAUUAGUAGAUAGGUUUGUAAAUGUGGCUAACAUGACUGUCAACCAAAUAAUUGAUGACAUUAAGAAGUCAUUCAGUGUUGGAAUCACUGCUUGGAAAGCUGGAAAGGCAAAGCAAAUUGCCUUGGAUUCUUUGGUUGGUGAUGGAGAGCGACAAUACGGUCGUGUAUAUGAUUAUGUGGGUGAAUUGCUAAGAGUGAAGGCUGGAACAUUUAAAAUUAAAGUCAAUCAACCCCAACCAAGUUUGCCUCCAAGAUUUGGCUCAUUCUAUAUGUGUUUAGAGGGUUGUAAGCAAGGCUUCUUAGGAAGUUGCAGGCCCUUCAUAGGGGUAGAUGGUUGUCAUUUGAAGACAACAUAUGGGGGUCAGCUGUUGGUGGCAGUGGGCAGAGACCCGAAUGACCAAUACUUCCCACUAGCUUUUGCUGUGGUUGAAAAUGAAUGCAAAGAGAGUUGGAGAUGGUUUUUGACACUACUACUGGAAGAUAUUGGAGGAAUUGAUUGUCAACGUUGGGUUUUCAUCUCUGAUCAACAAAAGGGACUAAUGACAGUUUUUGAUGAGAUCUUGGAAGGAGUGGAACAUAGAUUGUGCUUAAGGCACUUGUAUAACAAUUACAAGAAGAAGUUUGGUGGAGGAGUGCUUAUUAGAGAUCUUAUGAUGGGGGCUGCAAAGGCCACAUUCAAACAGGAUUGGGAAAAGAAAAUGGGUGAGUUGUCCAAUGUUAACAUUGAUGCUUACAAUUGGUUGCUAUCUAUUCCAACUAAUCGUUGGUGUAAACAUGCAUUUAGUAGUUAUCCUAGAUGCGAUGUCUUGUUAAAUAAUUUGUCUGAGUCAUUUAAUAGUACAAUUUUACUAGCUAGAGACAAACCUAUCAUAACUAUGAUGGAAUGGAUUAGAACUUACAUUAUGAGUAGGUUUGCAACACUUAGAGAAAAAGCAAAGACAUAUACAGGAGUUGUGAUGCCUAAACCACGAAAUAGGCUUGAUAGGGAAGUUGAGAAGAGUGGAAAUUGGAUUCCAACUUGGGCAGGGGCUGCAAAAUUUGAAGUCACUCACGGGUUUACAAUGGAUAAGUUUGUAGUUGACCUAAGUAACCAUUCAUGUAGUUGUUACUUUUGGGAUUUGGUAGGAAUACCUUGCAGGCACGCUGUGGCUGCCAUAAAUUACAAACUAGAAAACCCUAAAGACUAUGUACAUCCUUAUUACAAGAAAGAGGCUUAUGAGACUUGUUAUGGCCUUGAAAUUGUUCCAAUCAAUGGACAACAAUUGUGGUCUACUUUUGAAUCUGGUGCACUACUGCCUCCAAUUUAUAAAACACCCCUGAGAGGCCUAAAAAACUAA